AUGGAUUUCCUCUGUGAAAUAGUUCAAGCCCUGGUCGCAUUGGCAGCUCUGGGUUUCAUCGUGUUGCUCGUAUUAGCACAUUUAACCGCAGGGAUGGUGAACAUGAUGCGCCACGAGAAGGAGAAAUACUUUCUCACAGCCACCGGAGAGAAGCGGCUCUUCCCCAGUCUGCAUGAUCCCCAUUCUAGGGAGCUCUCCGUGGUGGUCCCGGCCUACAAUGAGGAGCUCCGACUGCCAGUGAUGAUGGAUGAAGCUAUGGAGUACUUGGAAAACAGGCAGAAACAAAACCCUUCUUUUACCUAUGAGGUCAUCGUGGUGGAUGAUGGCAGCAAAGACAAAACCACAGAGGUUGCUUUGCGGUACACUAGGAAGUACAGUGCAGACAAAGUGCGCGUCCUGACGCUGGUGAAGAACAAAGGGAAAGGAGGAGCUGUGCGGAUGGGAACUCUGGGCUCCAGAGGGAAAGUCAUUCUGAUGGCAGAUGCUGAUGGAGCCACAAAGUUUUCUGACAUUGAGAAAGUGGAGGCUGGACUCAAUGACAUCAACCCUAAACCGGAGAACAUGGCAAUUUCAUGUGGUUCCAGAGCUCACCUAGAGAAAGAGUCUGUAGCUCAGCGGUCUUUGUUUCGUACAUUCCUUAUGUACGGCUUCCACUUCUUGGUGUGGUUUUUUUGUGUGAAAGGAAUCAAGGACACUCAGUGUGGCUUCAAGCUGUUCACACGUGAGGCUGCCCUCAAGACCUUCUCCUCUCUGCAUGUAGAGCAAUGGGCUUUUGAUGUGGAGCUCCUGUACAUUGCCCAGUGUUUUAAAAUCCCCAUAGCUGAGGUGGCGGUCAACUGGACUGAAAUAGAAGGGUCCAAGCUGGUCCCAUUUUGGAGCUGGCUGCAGAUGGGACGAGACCUGGUUUUCAUUCGCCUGCGCUACAUCACCGGAGCCUGGAAACUGCAGUCGCCACAUAAGACUGAUUAGCCAAUCAGACAAGUCCUAGUAUUAUGGAGAUGGCCUGUGAUACAAGCAUGGAGCCUUUGGGGUGGGGUGGGGUUCCAGCUGUGUCCAUCAAUCACUGUAAUCAGAAGCAAAGCACAGUGUAUCAAUACUUCUCCUUUCCUGGCAUCACGGGAUGUGAAGUAAUGACACAGUUGUGGUUUCCUCAUGAUCCUGCCUUUUUGUUUUUUUUUUUUUUAAUGUGAAUACUGGUUUGUUAUGGCCUAUGUUUGAAAAAUACAUUUCUUCUGUCACGGCUUACAGAGUGUCUGUAUGGCUCGUCCAUGAACUGUUACAUCAUGUUGUGUCCAGUCAGCUGUGAGGAAGACUUUUAGUAAAAUGUGGAGGACCUGA